GUAAAUAUGCAACCAUGUGUCUAAGUCCUUCAGACUCCAGUACCUGAGAAAUAACAAAAUAAAAUGCUGGUCAAGUGGAAGCAAAAGCCGGACUCUAUAGGCAAUAGCAUGGCUCAGAUUAGAUCAUUUCUCCCCCCGAGAUCAGCGCAUGGAGGAGACUGUCUGCAUAUAGUUCUCUACCCUUCUGCACAGAAGGGUAGACACAGCUGUGUUCACUGAAUCAUUCCCCUCUUCCUUCAUCUGGGCCCCAUAUGAGAUUCUCUACAAGUUGGGGUGCACUAAGAAGGUAGAAGAAAAAGGCAAGCUGAGGACAGAGGAUGAUGUACCUUGCCAACUGGAGAAUUUCCAGGUCCCUCCCAGCCCUAAAACUUUGCAGAGGGAAGACCUUGUGGAGAAACCACAAAGAAAUUUCAUAAGGUCCUAAUGAAGACAAGAUGUUGCUGUCGGAGGCCAAUCCCCACUUCUAAGCUGUCAAGGAAGUUCUGCCCAUGUAGAAUCCUUUCUGCUCGUCCAUGGAGAACUGGGGAGACAUCAAAUAAUCAGAGAAAAGCAAAUGUGGCACUAAAGUACAACAAAGAGAAGAAGAUUGCCAUAGCCAGGAUUAAUCUGGAUGUGAUGGAGCUCUUAGAGGAAGACCUCACCUGUCCCAUUUGUUGUGGCUUGUUUGAAGAUCCUCGAGUUUUACCUUGUUCUCACAACUUUUGCAAGAAGUGUUUGGAGGGGAUCCUAGAGGGAAAUGUACGGAGUGUGGUUUGGAGACCACCCCCACUUUUCAAGUGUCCUACCUGCCGGAAGGAAACUCCUGUUACAGGAAUCAACAAUUUACAAGUCAACUACUCCCUGAAAGGUAUUGUGGAGAAGUAUAACAAAAUAAAAGUAACUCCCAAAAUGCCUAUGUGUAAGGUGCACAGCGGGCAGCCCCUGAACAUUUUCUGCCGGACAGAUAUGCAGCUGAUAUGUGGUGUCUGUGCCACUCGAGGUGACCACACAAAGCACGUAUUUUGCUCCAUUGAAGAUGCCUAUUCACAGGAGAAGCGUGCUUUUGAAACCCUGUUUCAGGGCUUUGAAACAUGGCGUUGUGGGGAUGCGCUCUCCCGGCUAGACACCUUGGAAACAAGCAAGAGGAAAGCGCUGCAGAUGCUGACAAAGGACUCAGACAAAGUGAAAGAGUUCUUUGAGAAGCUGCAGCACACACUCGAGCAGAAAAGAAAUGAGAUUCUGUCUGACUUUGAGACAAUGAAGCUUGCAGUGAUGCAGGCCUAUGACCCAGAAAUCAAUAAACUGAACACAAUUCUACAAGAGCAACGAAUGGCUUUUAACAUUGCAGAAGCCUUUAAGGAUGUGUCUGAGCCCAUAAUAUUUCUGCAACAGAUGCAGGAAUUCAGGGAAAAAAUCAAAGUGAUCAAGGAAACCCCUCUGCCUUGUUCCAGUGUAGACAUCAAUCCCACAAUAAAGAACUUCGAUACCAGCCAGUGGGAUGGUAUAAAACUAGUAGAUGUGGACAAGCUUUCUUUGCCUCAGGAAAACAGCAUGCUUAAUUUCAAGAUUUCCUCAGUCUUUUCACACAAAUUUAUAGUGACUUCUCUGAUUUGCUUAUUUAUCCUUGCAGCCACCAGAAUGACCUUCGUGGAAUCUGUCUUUGACAAUCUUCAGUGCUGGAAAACUCAACUCUUUACAAUUGGCUCAUCCUAUCUGGCAGACACUGCGGAGAUAGCUGACCAUGCCGUGUUUUACUGGGAACAAAUGACAGAUGGCGCUUCACUUCUAAGUGAAAAGUGCAAAAAUUAUACACUAGUGGUAUUGGAUAAUGUUGCACAAUUUGUGUGCAAAUAUAAACUGUUAUAAUGUCCACUACCAAAGCACAAAUUCAGAAGCCCAAGAAGUGAACAGAACUCUGGUGCAGAAAACUUAACAGUGAAUGCACAUUUAAAAAAAAAAAAACUUUGGCUUCUGAUGGAAGCAUUUAAUA